AUGUCUGACCACACAGAUGUCUGCCAUAAUCAUGAGAGGUAUCGACUCGUCAGCAAACACAAUCUUUACAAAACCCUCUGGCAAAAUGACUACGUCAUCAACCAUUACAGACCUCCAGCCAUGACAAGAAAGAUGUGCGCAAAGAGCGCCUUCCAUAUCAACAACGAGACAAUCAACACCUGGAGUCAUUUACUCGGAUUCAUCUACUUCACAUAUCAACAAUACUACACAAACUACAUAGUUCUCCCAUCAGUCGGAUCUCAUAAAGCUGAUCAUUUCGUGUUCACUCUAUCAAUAUUUGGAAUGCAAAUGUGUAUGCUUCUAUCAGCAAGUUAUCAUACAUUCGGGUGUACAAGCAUUGAGAUGAGACAGAAAUGGCUGAAAAUGGAUAUAUUCGGAAUAUCGGCGAGUCUUCUUGGAAUGUAUUUGAAUGGAAUUUACACCGCGUUUUUCUGUUUCCAGGACCACCUAACAUCUUACAUUUACAUUCUACUCGGCAUAUUCGUCAUCACUGCUUAUGUACCGACUCGACAAGAUUUCUUUGAGAGGAAGAUUGUUGGCUCCCGAGUCGGUCUCCUUCACAUAAUUUAUUGUAUCAUCAUCACAUUCGGAAUCUGUCCGACAGUUCAUUGGGUGUUCCUUCAUGGCGGAUUUGAUAGUGAUCAUGUUGUUAAAUGGUUCCCCAAUGUCAUUGUACUCUACUCAUUGAUAGCUGCCGCCUUCAUGUUCUAUGUUACAAUGGUGCCGGAGAGACUUUGGCCAGAUUCAGUUCCAAAAGAUUAUGAUUAUCAGGAGGGAGAAUAUGAUGAGAUAUCUCAGGGUUCCGAUGAAAAAGACAAUGACAAAGCUACAGAUUCUGAAGAGAACAACAUCAAGGAUUCAGAUGAAGACGACGAGGGCAAUUCUGUUCCCGGUAAAAAUGUUGAGGAGGGUGAAGGGAUUGAUGACGAUAAUAAUCUUAAUGACGUAGAUGACAGUAGCGACGGAAAUCAAUCGAAAGAAGAAGAUGGUGAAAGCGAAAACUCUGAAGAAGACAGCACCGAGGAUUCAGAUGAAGAUGAGUCAUCAGAAACAGAUGAGAGUCUUCAGAAAGAAGAUCUAUUCCAGAAACCUUCAGAAACUAGCCAUCACUACAAUGACAGAAGAAGAGUCGGAGGGAGAGCUGCGCGUGUUUGGUACACGAGACAAUACCAGUAUUACCAUCUUUCUGUUCAUUAUCUCAUCAAUGUGUUUGUCAAGUUGAGGAGCAAAAUUGAUAUCUGA